UUAUAAUUCAGUAAAAUUUGAAAAAUUUGAAAUAAGUAUAAUUCCUUACGCAGUCGCAGCACCAUGCUACAAGGAAUAGAAAUAGAAAAAGAAAUACAAUUACACCCGACAGCUCGCCGGUAAAACUGAGUGUAAAAUUGAACAUUGCGUUCUUUCUUUGUUCCGUCCAGAAAUUCGCAUUUAUGAGGCGCGGACGUCGAAAGCUGCAGUUUCAUUAAGAACCUGCGUGCCGGAACGAAGGAAGACGACCCCCUAAAUAAAACCGACGUGAUCAUGGCGAUUAUCAUGUCGACUGCCGCGCCUGCGGCUCCCACUGAUGAUGUGAAAGAGGGUGGUAUAAUGGUCAAAGGGCCAGCGGAGUCGCAGUUAGCCGCGUUCGUCGUUCCUCCAUUACCCGUUCGGAAAAAUCCACGCCCCCCCGUUUGAUGCUCGAAUACUUGAUAAAUCGGAGGAAAUUAUACUACAGAAACUGAAACUCGUCCCCGUCGUGUCCAACGUGUACUGGCAUCAUUUCGCUGCAUUUACUAGACCAAAGCCAAACUGUUGCCAUGAAAGAUAAGCUGUGACUUUGCCUCCUUCUUGCAAGACAGAUUUGCAGUGGUCACAAGAUAAAAUCAGCAGCGUAAGACAGCGACAGCCUCCGCCUCUUUCCAAGGCACAUGUGUGUGUGGGGGGGCGGGGGUUUUUGCUGGCGAUGUGCGUCCUACAAUGCAAGCUCAGAAGAGCUGGAAAAAGUAGAAGAGAUGAGAAAGCUGCUGGGGGCGAAACAGUUGAGGUCUCUCCCGGGUGGAGCUACGGGGGAGAUGUGUGUUCGCUUCUUACGCGCACGGGCAGGGAACGUGGAAAAGGUACUACAGACUACUUAUGUACUAGACAUAGACUCAAAUUCGCCUAGCAAGUAUGGUUGUUUUUCGGUAAAAUAAGUGAGUUUCAGUAAGUGUGUAGCAAGUAUGGUUAUGUAAGUGUGUAGCAACUAAAACUAUGCUUGUUUUUCGGUAAGUUUCAUGUCACAUGACCCAUAGAAGACGAGCAUUCUGAUAUGAUCAAAAUAAGGCCACUGACAUGCUCGAGAAGCACCUUGACUGGGUCGCGAAGUGGAGACCGUUGGAAAUCCGGCAGAGCGAGAUAGAUGUGCCGUUGCAGGCGGGUUCCAUGUGUAUGUUCGGGGUAAACAAGUACGGAAAUCCAGUGAUGUACGGUGCGAGCCGAGCGCUAUCCAAGAAAUAAGCGCUAGCACAAUCACGACAUUCGCGCAAUUUUUUCGCAGCACAAAAAGUAUAAAGUUCUGUAUACGUUGUUGCGGAAAAAUGCAUCACAGUGGAUGAGUGACUUCUCUACUUAGUGUUUCUACAAGACAAAUUACCAAUUUCUGAUGCAAGAAUUGCAAGAGUGUCAUUGUGAUGAGUUUUUUCUUUCGCAUAAGCGUGGAACCCGCACCAGUACUCGCUCGAGACGUGCAUCAAGUUCAUGUCCUACUACCUCGCGCUACGAUAGUGGACAACUCCCCCUCUGCCUCUAUCAAUUGCUAUGUAAAGCACCAGGUCCAUUUGAUUCGCAUUUGCUAGCACCUUUUGGCAGACUGUUUGCAUGACAAACUGCAAAAGUACAAACAGUACUACUGUAUAGCGCUUGAAGAAUUUUUUGCGAUGCAGAAGCGUACAGUUCUACUGCCUUCUGUGUUGCAGGAGCUGCUCAUGCCAUGACAAAGAGCGGGGGAGUUGUCUACUACCAUACGUGCACACCGAACGUCUCUGCGAGCGGACCGACGCAAACCAGUUCGUGCUAGUUUUCGACGUCAGCUACUGGGCCCUCUGGCACGGCUAUCGUGAGAAAAAAGUGUUACAGCUAAUACACAAUCUAUUGCAAGACAAGCAAGAUAGACAACCUCUAUCAUGCCGGAAAUGCUUGUCAGCUUCAUUUUAUGCGUGUUUCCAAUUUUAAUCUACGCACUUUUAGUUACUGGUUUUCUCUGCCAUGCAGAGCAUGUUUGUGUUGCUGAAAUUCCAAGACAUAAUGUGUAACUGUAACAGUUUUUUCCUUUGAUGACGGCAAGUAUCUCAGUUACUCGACGCAGCUGGUACAAGCUACUACCUAUUUUUGGAAAGUCAUGGGGCGGUUCAUCACGAAUCUAGUUUAAAUGAAUGCCCAUGUUUUAGUAGCAGAAGCUUCAUCCAUUUCUGAAUUCUUCAUCUCGAAGAUCGCUCUAUUGAGAUGAAGAUGCUUUUUGACAGGAUGAUGAGAAAAAUGUCGCAAGAAACAUAGCGGGGAGCAUGGUAACACUUACUACACUAUGCAUUGCAAAUAUGUCUGGGUCUCCUGGAAGAAGGCAAGAUUUCCAAUGCUGGGCUAGCAGAACAUUGGUGUGACACAUGUUGCGCGACAGUGCUGCUCGUUUCUGAUGCGCAAACACGAUUUCUCAUGCGGAGAAGGCAAGAUAGAGCCUUUCGAUAACUUGUGAUGCAUAGCUUCGCGAUGACACGUGCGUGUGCCUGCUAUCCGCAUGAUAGCAUGGCAACUUUGCAGACCCAGACACAUCUGCAGUGGAUAAGGACAUACUUAUUUCCAGAUGAAGAUCCUCCAAGACCAGUUUCCGGAGCGUAUGAAACGGAAAACGCCCCCUCAUCUUCCGGAAAUUGCAUAAAAGAGCAUUACCAACAAGCGGAGGCUCUUUCAUAAGUAUACUUAGCUAGCAGCUUUGUCACGACAGCUGAAACAAAAAGUGUCAAAAUUUAGUUCCUGUGCGAGAGGGGGCUCGGUUUUCACGUUGAUAGAGUGCUUGCGGCAGGCUUUUGUGAUCAACGCGCCCGCGUUGCUAUCAUAAAGAAAACCCCACGGGGACUAGCGAGAUGAAUUAGUCACAUUUGGUGCUGAAAUGAUAAUGAUUGUACGCGAACUAUGGAUGUCUUGUACUUGUUCCAGCAGAGCACACAAGAGGGAAUCGAGAUUUUGCAUUUAUGUAAAACCUAUUUACAAAUGUGAUUUCUUCGUACGCUAGCUGUUCUCUGCAGGAUACUUGUUCCAGGGCUUUUUUCGUCUCUGCAAAUCAAUGAUAGACAAGAAGACCGUGGACAAAAUAAAAUUUCUGUCCAUCCCGAAGGGCACGAACUUCGCCGCCGAUAUGAAAACGUCCACCAGCUCCACUGCAGACAAGAGCUCGUCCUCGUCUUCCAAGACAACAUUUAUGCUUCGCAAAUAAAGUAGUAUCGUAGUCGCGGGCGGAGUUUUGUUUUACGAAGUGCUGACAUGUAGUUCUUGUCAUGCAAAAAUAUUGCAAUUUCAAUUUGUCCGUAAAAAGUUGUACGAUACAACCUUUGAUGCACAAGUUCAUACAGUCCGUGCCAACGUCCUCACCUUCUUCGACCGCCAGCACGAAGGCCACCAGCGGCAGCACGCCCUCGCCCCCGGCGAUCGCCGCCACUACGAUAGGCCUGUCUAACAGCAUGGACAUAUGCAUCGGAAAUAGAGAUGUCAUCUGGGUGAACCGAAUUUGUGGUGCGAAACUUGGCUUCGACAGAGAUCUGUCAUCCGGAAUUUCGCAAAUUCUGUUUAUGGAAAGAAAUGCGGUUAAACUGAAAGUUUCUGUUUAUGGAAGAGAAACUUCUACAUAAUUUGAUGCGACGAAGCUGCAUGUCGUGCGAGGACUCCCUCGCUUGAAAUCAGGCCUGGAUUGCAAGAAGACAAAUUAUCAUCUUUCUAGACCCAGAAGUCUAUUUCCUUGCGGUUGAUAGUGUAGCACUCCGGACAACACCCCGACCACUGGCACAGACGUUGCCAGUGCCGCGAAGGGCGCCGCGACCUCUUCGGGCACGACCACAGCCUCUUCGGGCACGUCGACUAGUACGAAGACAACAGAAAAUAAAAUCCCCUCACCAGAAGAACUUCCACCCGCGCGCUAUUUUAGGGACCUGACGAAAGUAGCCGACUUUUCGAAGCUAGAGUUCCACCCGAAACCCAGAACCCAGCCAAACACGCCCACGGCAACGCCGAAAGUAGCGGGGGAUAAGGGUAGCAAAGGACAGCAACAGACAAAUUCGACUUCUUCUACUGCAGCAUCAGGGGCUGCUUUUGCGAAUAGCAAUACGUCAACGCCUGCCUCGGGGAUGAGCGCCAAGUUUGCGCAGUUUCUGGACCUGGUGCCGAUGGAAAUUUUACCGGUUUACUAUGUAUCAAAUGCAAAUUCAUAUGUCUUGGGCUCCUGGAAUAAUAGCUCCAUGCUUGUGAUGCUGAAUGCUGCGGGAUUGAAGUGUGACAAAGUUAUUUUUCUAGUGCGCUUUGUUCUCGCGCGUGGUGCGCUGGACAAGCCGCGACUUUUUGUAGGCGUAGGGUGCCGGACAAGCGAACAUGACAAGAGAGCGGCGCUGCUGUUGCUUAGGCAAUACAUAUUUUUAGGUAUCAUGCGAAAUAUUUCUAGAGUUCAACAUAUUUGCAAUUCAUAGUACGGGGGCACCGUUCCAGCGGACCAGGUGUUAGUACCGAAUUUGCC